AGCUGUUGAUGGUACUUUGAUAAAUUAUGUAUAUAUAUUAUAUAUAUAUAUAUAAAUAAGCAUUUCAGAUUUAUAAGAAAAUUUCAUUUCUUCUUAAUAAUUACUCUUUUGAUUCAUCUUUUGAUGUGCUAAGGCCUGCCCUCAUGACCUAGCGAGGUUUACUUGUGCUGCAAGUAUGUCUGACAUUGUUUAAUGCUUAAAAUUGUGAUGAAUUCUGCAACUGCAGAAUAUAAAUUUUCAGUUAAGCUUUUGAGUUGAAAUCUUGGAAUUCAUACGAUGACGGAAGAGAAUCGGGAUGGCAAGGUCUGCGGGGACAUUUAUAGCUCAAAUGGAAGCAAAGAAAAAGCUAAGACAGUUUCAUAUUAUAAGCUGUUUUCGUUUGCUGAUUCCAUUGACAUGUUGCUGAUGAUUGCUGGAACUAUUGGUGCCUGUGGAAAUGGAUUUUCUCUGCCUCUUAUGUCUUUGCUUUUAGGACGAAUGGUCGAUUCUUUUGGAACUAACCAAUCUAAUCAAAACAUAGUUGAUGUAAUUUCCAAGGUCUCUCUGCAAUUUGUCUACUUAGCAAUUGGAGCUGCAGUAGCAUCAUUUCUUCAGGUGAGCUGCUGGAUGGUAACAGGAGAAAGACAAGCAAGGAGGAUAAGGGGUUGUUAUUUGAAAACUAUACUCAGACAAGAUAUCGCGUUCUUUGAUAUCGAAACAAGUACAGGAGAGAUUGUUGGCAGAAUGUCUGGCGAUACUAUUCUUAUACAAGAUGCAAUGGGUGAGAAGGUUGGAAAAUUUCUGCAGUCAAUUGCAGCAUUUUUUGGGGGUUUUAUAAUAGCAUUUAGCAAAGGGUGGUUGCUUGCCCUUGCCAUGCUACCUGCUAUUCCUGUAAUUGUACUAUUCGGAGCAUUGUCUUCGUUGUUGAUAUCGAAAAUGGCAGCUCGCGCACAAAAUUCUUAUGCAGAAGCAGCAACUAUAGUAGAGCAAACUAUUGGAUCAAUCAGAACUGUUGCAUCAUUUAGUGGAGAGAAAGGAGCAAUUAGUGAGUACAAUAGGCAUCUUAAAACUGCAUAUAAAUCAGGUGUACGCGAAGGGGUUGCUGGUGGAAUAGGCAUCGGUGCAGUUAGACUAGUUAUUCUCAGUACGUUUGGCAUGGCUAUGUGGUUUGGUGCAAAGAUGAUUCUGGAAAAAGGAUACAGUGGAGGACAAGUUAUUAGUGUCAUCAUGGCUGUAUUGACAGGCUCAAUGUCCUUGGGAAGAGCCUCUCCUUGUAUGAGUGCAUUUGCUGCUGGUAAAGCUGCAGCUUAUAAAAUGUUUGAGACUCUCAACAGAAAGUCCGAGAUAGAUGCAUAUGAUAUGAAUGGCAGAGUAUUGGAUGAUAUCCAUGGAAACAUUGAGUUGAGGAAUGUAUAUUUUAGCUAUCCAGCCAGACCUGAUGAAGAGAUAUUGAGUGGAUUCUCUCUUUUUAUCCCGAGUGGCUCUACCGCAGCUUUGGUUGGGCAGAGUGGAAGCGGAAAAUCAACGAUAAUCAGUCUGAUAGAGAGAUUUUAUGAUCCACAAUCUGGUGGAGUUUAUAUAGAUGGCGUUAACCUCAAAGAAUUUCAACUUAAAUGGAUUAGAGAGAAAAUAGGUCUCGUCAGCCAGGAACCUGUUCUGUUUACAUGUAGUGUCAAAGAUAAUAUUGCAUAUGGCAAGGAUGGUGCAACUCUUGAAGAGAUCAGGGCUGCAGCUGAACUUGCCAAUGCUGCAAAAUUCAUUCAAAAUUUACCUCAGGGACUUGAUACCAUGGUUGGUGAGCAUGGGACUCAACUUUCUGGUGGACAAAAGCAGAGAAUUGCAAUUGCACGAGCAAUCUUGAAGAACCCGAGAAUUUUACUUUUGGAUGAAGCUACAAGUGCUCUUGAUGCAGAAUCUGAACGGGUAGUGCAACAUGCACUAGACAGGAUCAUGAACCACCGGACUACUGUUAUCGUUGCUCAUCGUUUGACCACUGUGAGAAAUGCUGAUACCAUUGUUGUCAUUCAUCAAGGAAAGAUUGUUGAAAAAGGCACUCAUCUAGAACUACUUGAAGCUCAAAACGGCGCAUACUCCCAGCUUAUACGCUUACAAGAAGUAAACAAUGAAACAAAACAAGCAACAGGUGAACUCAGUGAAUCAGAAAAUUGUCUUAAAUCAUUUAGACAAUCAAGUCAAAGAAGGUUAUCACGACGUUCCUUAAGUAGGGGAUCAUCAAAAAGAAGUAUCAUUCAUGAAUCACUAUCAUUUUCCUUGGAAUUACCUUCAGGACACAAUGAUCAUGACUUGGAAGGAGAUCAAAAUACAUUUCCUUUGGAAGAGCGAAAUCCAGAAGUCUCAAUCUACAGCCUUGCCUGUCUUAACAAACCAGAGCUUCCAGUUCUUAUAAUCGGUACUAUUGCUGCAAGUAUUAAUGGUACAGUACUACCGAUAUAUGGUGUACUGAUUUCCAAGGCAAUCAAAACAUUUUUCAAGCCACCUCAUGAAAUGAGAGAGGAUGCAAAGUUAUGGGCACUAAUGUUUAUGACCCUCGGUUUAGUAAAAUUGGUGGUGCAUCCAUUGAGUUCAUAUCUAUUUUCUAUAGCUGGAUCAAAGCUAGUCCAGAGGAUUCGAUCUAUUUGUUUUGAAAGGGUGGUUUAUAUGGAAAUUGGCUGGUUUGAUGAUCCUGAGCAUUCAAGUGGUACAAUUGGCGCGAAGCUCUCAGCAGAUGCAGCAGCUGUUCGAGCUUUAGUCGGAGAUGCUUUAGCUGAAUUGGUUCAAAACAUUGCAUCAGUAGUAAUAGCAAUGGUCAUUGCUUUUACUGCAAGUUGGCAGCUAUCAUUCAUUAUCCUGGCUAUGAUCCCUCUAAUAUGCGUCAAUAAUAUCCUACAAAUAAAAUUAUUGAAAGGGUUCAGCGCAGAUGCAAAUAAAGUGUACGAGGAAGCAAGCCAUGUUGCUAAUGAUGCGGUUAGAAGUAUAAGAACAGUCGCUUCUUUUUGUGCUGAGGAGAAAGUGAUGCAACUUUAUGGAAAGAAAUGUGAAGGUCCUAAGAGAACAGGACUAAGGAUAGGAUUGAUAAGUGGUGCAGGAUUUGGAGUGUCCUCCUUCUGUGUCUAUUGUUUCUACGCAGCUAGUUUCUACGUUGGCGCUCGACUAGUCAAGGAAAACCUUACAACAUUUGCAGACAUUUUUCUUGUUUUCUUCGCAUUGACUAUGGCAGCAAAUGGAGUUUCUCAAUCAAGUUCCUUGGGCGCUGAUACUGCUAAAGUAAAAGCUGCGGCUGCUUCUGUAUUCGGAAUAAUACACCAGAAAUCGAUGAUUAAUCCUAACGACGAGUCAGGAACAACAUUACAGAAUGUUAAAGGAGAUAUUGAGUUUCAUCGUAUAAGCUUUAAAUAUCCAUCCAGGCCAGAUUUUCAAAUUUUCCAGGAUCUCAGCCUGGCUAUUCAUUCUGGCAAGACUGUUGCCUUAGUUGGAGAAAGUGGGAGCGGUAAAUCGACAGUUAUUUCAUUGCUUCAAAGAUUCUAUGAUCCAGAUUCAGGUCAUAUCACUCUCGACGGAGUCAAAAUCCAGGUGCUUCAGCUGAAAUGGUUUAGACAGCAGAUGGGACUGGUUAGCCAAGAGCCUGUACUGUUCAGCGACACAAUCCGCGCCAACAUUGCAUACGGAAAGGAAGGAAAUGCGAGCGAGGCAGAAAUUAUUGCUGCAGCAGAGUUGGCCAACGCCCACAAAUUCAUUAGCAGCUUAAAACAGGGUUACGAAACAAUGGUAGGGGAGCGAGGAAUUCAACUGUCGGGGGGACAGAAGCAAAGGGUAGCCAUAGCUCGAGCCAUAGUGAAGAGUCCGAAGAUAUUACUGUUAGACGAGGCAACAAGCGCGUUAGAUGUGGAGUCCGAAAGAGUGGUUCAGGAUGCAUUGGACAGAGUCAUAGUGAAUAGGAGUACAGUUGUUGUAGCUCAUCGAUUAUCCACCAUCAGGAAUGCAGAUGUUAUUGCAGUGCUUAACAAUGGAUUUAUUGUAGAGAAAGGAAGUCAUGAGGAACUGAUCAACAUUCCAGAUGGUUUUUAUGCAUCCUUAGUUGCUCUUCACAUGACUGCUAAAACAUAAUGUUUUUUCUUUUCAAAUUGCUCAUAUUAUUUUUUCUUCUUAA